CACUCAACACCACCUGAUUUUACAUUAGGCAAUCGUUCUUCUUCAGCCUGCGUUAUUUUUUUUCGAUUUUUUCACUUCAAUUUCUUCUGAUUCGCAAAAUUGAACAGAUUGACAUAAAAGAUGACAGAAGCCAUGAUAAGAAACAAGCCAGGAAUGGCGAGUGUCAAGGACAUGCCGCUCCUCCAAGACGGUCCUCCUCCCGGCGGCUUCCUUCCGGUCAGAUAUGCACGGCGGAUCCCUAGCAAAGGCCCUAGCGCCAUGGCUAUCUUUCUCGCUACUUUUGGCGCUUUCUCUUAUGGAAUGUAUCAAGUCGGUCAGGGCAAUAAGAUCCGCAGAGCACUUAAGGAAGAGAAGUAUGCUGCCCGUAGAGCAAUAUUACCGGUUCUGCAAGCUGAAGAAGAUGAAAGGUUCGUCAAAGAGUGGAAGAAGUAUCUUGAGUACGAGGCAGAUAUAAUGAAGGACGUGCCGGGCUGGAAAGUUGGCGAGAAUGUCUACAAUUCUGGGAAAUGGAUGCCCCCGGCAAGCGGUGAGCUGCGCCCAGAAGUCUGGUGAUACUCUUAUUAUGUUGGUGUGCGCAUUUCAUUGUCAAGAGUCUUCUUGUGCUUCUCUUCAUCUAAGUUUUAUUGCAACUUUGUGUUGUUUUCUUCCUCAUUAAAUAAAUAAAAAAAAUAGCUGAUGAACUCUUUACAUGCAGUGGAAUACUUGAAGAGAAAUUCUUUUUUAUUUUCCUCA